AUGUUGGUGUUUUCGCAGUUUUGUAGCAAAAUGGUCGUGCUACUUGUUAUGAUUUUGUGCUUCACUGUUAUCACCAGUGAUGCUUACAUCAGUUUCAUGAAUCUGCCGAGCGUCGGUUUGACACAUGACAAAGAUGGAUACACCUCGGGUCUUUUCUCACCAUUGAGAGCUGGGCAAAUGAUUGUGGUAACUGGACGUGUGAAUAACGAUGCGAAAAGAUUCACUGUGAGUCUCAUGCGUGGUGCAUCAUACAUGCGAGCACCAGGUGCCGAAGCAGUGCUUCAUAUAGAUGUUCGGUUUGAUGAGAACCAGGUCGUUAUGAAUACGAUGGAGAAGACUCUAAAAUGGGGUGAAGAAGAAAGAGCACCGAAUCCGUUUAAACGAGGUCGGUCAUUCUAUCUCUUGAUUCGAAUAGACACGGAUAAAUUCGGUAUAAUGGCGGAUCACGAAAAGGUUCAUGAUUUCAAGAUGCGUCUCGAUCUGAAAACCAUCGAAUACUUGACUGUGACUGGUGAUGUCACAGAGGUGAAUGGGCGGUGGUCAGCUGGUUGGGCGAAUACGCUUCCGAUGAGACAUUUCUUCGAAGGUGGUCAUUGGAAGAUUGGAAGUCGCUUCACCGUUUACGGUAAGGUGAAAAAUGGAGUUUUCGAGAUACAAUUGAUUGCAUGGUACGGCGAUAUUCUGUUCAGUCUCAAAACUCGCUUCUACUACAAAGACAUUGUGAUUAAUGCACGACUAGAAGGAUAUUGGGGAAAAGAGGAACGAGUGAAGGUGUAUCCAUUCAAGCCGCGCACUCAGUUCGCUCUCGAGUUCCUGAAUACACUUGAUUCGAUCCAGGUAUUCAACGAUGGGAAACAAAUUUGCACAUUCAAGCAUCGAACAGACAAUCCAACAUACGACUACAAUUUACUCUUUAUAUAUGGUGAUCUCGUGCUAGACUCGGUUCAAUUUGACAUUUGA